UUUAUUUUGUUAAACGCUUUCAGACUGUUUGGUAAACAGGAUCAAAUUUAAACUCCAACAUAAUAAUAGUUUAUAAAUGGACAUUGUUGUUGUUGAUUAUAUGCGGACAUUUUAAUAUCAAAGUUUAUUAAAAAUGAAAUUUCUUCUCUUUAUACUCGUUAUCAUUGAUAACUUGAAUGUGGUUCCUGCCAACAAUGAUAAUUGUGGAUUAAAUGAUCUGAAUGCUUUAAUGGUUCGUCUGCGUCAACUUCGAACAGAAUUUAACAACUUGAAAAGCCAGCACGCUGAACAGAUAAAUCGUGUUGAUCGUAUUGAUUUACAGAUAAAUGCCACUCGAGCAAAGCUUGAAGUUCUAAACAAAGCAAAUGGUACCCAAGAAACAGAACUUAAAGAGCUUAGACAAGAUAUCAACAAUAAAUCUUUAGAAAUCAACAAAGAAAACAGAAAACAAGAUACAGAACUUAACAAACUUAGACAAGACAUAGCGGCAAUUAAAGAAGAGAUAAAAUUGAAAUGUCCCGCGGCGCCAUGUCCUGACAGCUCAUGCGGUGAUGAAUGGGUUUCCUACAACAACUACUGCUACUAUUUUGAGAAUAUCAAUACAGCAACAUUUGAAGAAGCAAGGCUAUUCUGCAAGCAAAAGUCUUCUAACCUUUUGUACGUUGAAGACAAUGACGAAAACUCAUUCAUCCUAAGAAUGCUCGGUCGUUUUAAACCAAGCUACAGCUGGUUGAUUGGGUUAACUGACCAAAGUACAGAAGGUAUUUGGAAAUGGAUAGACAUAAAUGCACCGGCAAGAUUUAUUAAAUGGGCACCCGAUCAGCCGCAGGGCCAUACGGGUGAAAAUUGCGUUGGGUUUUUUCAAAGCGAUAGUUAUCAGUGGCAUGACAUACCAUGUGCAAGUAAAUAUUCAUUUAUUUGCAAAAAAGAGAAAUCCCUAUGAAUGUUGAAUGAGACUACAGGUAUUGGCGCCGAUUAUAUACAUGAAUAUUACAUUCUUUGAAUAGCUGUAGAAAGAUGCUUAUGUAUGUUGAGUGACUCUAUAAACAUUGACAUCGAUGAUAUGCAUGUAUGAAUAUUACAUU